AGAUUUUUUUUUUUUAAUAAUAAGAAGUCUUCCUCUUUGUCUCUUCUCCCAUCUGCUUUCGUCUUGCUCCUUACCUCUUAUUUUUUCCUUCAUUUCCUUCCCAGCUUUUUCCCCUUCCCUCUCUAUCCCUCUUGCCCGCCACAAAAAAAGCACCCUGAGCUUCAAUUAAAUUACGGGAACGCCCCUUUUUUAUGGUUAUUGGUUGGUGUGAAUUGUAAGGAGGGACGGGGGAAAUUGUGAUCGGACGGCAGUGUGUUGUGACGUUGAUGGAGUGCAGCGUAUGGGUGGCCGCAGAGGAUCAUCAAAAUAAUAGCAAUAACAAUAAAAAUUUGUGGGGUUUUAGCCAUGAAAGCGAGCAUGAUUUGGCUUUAAUGGUAAGCGAUUUUUUGGAAAGUAACGGUGGAAGCGCCGGUGGCGAUUCUUGGUGCAGUAGCGAUAGCGAGUCUGGGUUCUCCGAUCUUAUCCACCUCGUUGAUAAAAUCUCUUACCAUAAGCACUUGGUGGGUCAGUAUGAGAUUGACUUGUUGUCAGUCGUUCAUUCACGAAUAUUAUCGAUCAGUGAGAUGGACCUACACUUUGUAAAGUCGGGUCCAUGUAAUGCCAGCUGCAUAAGGUAUUCUCUGGUAAAGCUGUUGAGACUUUCUGGCUAUGAUGCUGCUGUUUGUGCGUCAAGGUGGCAGGGUACUGGCAAAGUUCCUGGAGGUGAUCAUGAGUAUAUUGAUGUGAUCAAUUAUGACAAUGGGAGUUCUGAACGUUUGAUUAUUGAUAUUGACUUCCGAAGCCACUUUGAGAUAGCUAGAGCAGUUGAUUCUUAUGAUAGAAUAUUGAAUUCACUUCCCGUUGUUUAUGUGGGCUCCUUGACUAGUUUGAAACAAUUGCUUCAGCUUAUGGUUGAAGCUGCUAGGUCGUCUCUCAAGCAAAACUCGAUGCCUUUUCCUCCAUGGAGAUCGCUUGCUUACUUGCGAGCAAAGUGGCACUCACCCUACCAGCGACAAUUUAUUCCCGAUGAACACGAUAUUAGUGGCAAUGGUUCUUCUGACCAUAAACAGUGCAACGGGCAUUUAAAGAGGCUGCAGUCUUUGCUUCAAUCUGAAUUAGAAGCAGAGCGACUGUUGAAACCCAUAAACAUUGACAGUAACCAAAGAUUGAAGCUUGAGAGGCGGAGGCACCCUUCAUUCAGGGCUAUUUGACAUGUAUAGAUUUUGAUAUGGAAGAUGCAAGUUCUUUCUUGUGAGAGAUGAAUUGUAUUGCGGCUUUUCUUUUAGUAAUUUAUUUUCCUUGAUAUUGAAUAAGCGCCGGACUUAAGGAUGAAGGGCAGGUUUGCAUAGCUGAUGACAACAAAGACUACGACACACCAUAUUUUGUCGAUCAGGCAUCUUCAUUUCUCUUCGAUUUUUUAUGCACGAGGUGAAUGGCAGUAUUGGGUUCCGAAAACUGCUGCAUAUUGUUUGGUUCGAAACAGUUUGUAAGUCUACUACACUUUGUGCAUCAUAUUAUAGAUUCUUAUUUGUUUUCCGUUUUCUCUUC